CAAAGUCGAAAGAUGCAUGCAAAUACACUAUAUCAGACCAAGGGCCUUCAUAAUUCGAAGGGUUUGGCCCGUGUUACUCCGUAUGUCUUGUCUCUAGACUUUAAACCAUGAUAUCUCUCUCGAAUUCCCACAAGUCCCAAUAACACUCGAACACCUGCCAUCGACGGACUCUUCACGAACAGGAUUUUCCCCACGCAUGGCGCCCAGCGUAGGACUUGGGACCGAGGGGCCCGUUCAACGCGGGUGGUCCCUAUGGCUCGCUAGUGUGUUGGGUGUGGUCAUCGCAGCUUUGUUUGUGGCGGCUCGGAUUGUCCAGAGACUUACGAAAAUUGGAUUGGGACCCGAUGACUACGUGAUUGUCGCCGCUCUGGUCGCUUCAGCGAUGCUUUCCAUGACGGAAUGUCAAGCGGUGGUGUACGGUUACGGGAGAAAGUACAAGGACAUUUCACCGGAAAAUCGCAUUUUGGCUCGACAAUGGUUCUACGGUGCACAGAUCGUCUACAAGAUCGUCCCUACGUUGACUAAAGUCUCUAUCGUCUGCCUCUAUUAUCGCAUUUUCGCAGUGUCGAAGAGUUGGUUCCGCACUGCUUGCCACCUCAUGAAUGGCUUCAUUAUCGCGUCAGGAUUAGCGUUUACGAUUGCUACGAUUUUUCAAUGCAACCCGAUUGCAGCGUUUUGGGACAAGACUAUUUCCCCCGCUAAAUGCUUCAAAAACGAACCAUGGUGGAUUUCCUUCUCCGUUAUCCAAAUCGUCACUGAUUUCGCUCUGCUCGCCCUCCCAAUCUCCAGAGUCUUCCAUCUUUCCAUGACCAAAGCCGAGAAAUUUGGUCUCGUUCUAGUGUUUUGCACCGGUGGUUUCGUUACUUUCGCAUCUAUCUAUCGUGCUACGACGCUCGCAAGCUCUGCUGGAGAUCCCGACCCGACAUGGGGACCCAUCCCGGCAACCGUCUGGUCGGUCAUCGAAGUCAACGCCGGAAUCGUUUGCGCCUGUUUGCCUAUGCUCCGACACCCCUUCCUCAAAUUGCUCAGCCCAAUCAUUGGAUCCGUCCGCACCACCACGAAUCAACACAGCCGCUCGUAU